AAUGUGUUUGUCUAAACAGAAGCUUUUCAAAUGUUACAACAGUUUAAGAUGUUAAUUGUUCAAAACUCUUCUGAAAAGUGACAUUUUAUUGUACACUGUGCUACAUCUCUUCUGCUGAGAUCAGUUUUGAAGAACCACCUGAGAAUUCUUCCCUCUCCAACCUGAUCAAUUAGAAAAGCCUGACAGCCAAAGUUCAGCCCUGAUACAGUUCCCUCCACCCUUCACCACGUUGUGUGCUUGCUGAUGUUUGCUGUGUGACUUUUCUGCGGCGAGGAGACGGUAAACAAGCAGAAAAGAGGAUAAGAGCAGAGACAAACAGUGGAGACGAGAAGGGACUCGUGUCUGGGGGCUUCUGAAACCCACUGAAGACAUCUGAGGUUUGGAGUUGAUCCAGGAUGCAGCGCUACAUCCCACUGUUGCUGGGGAUGGUGGCCUCUGCUGCUUCAGUUGAAUGGAGMCGUCCGGUGAUCAAAUUCAAUUCAAUGUCAGUGGAGGGUUCUGAGGUGGUGGUCAGGCCUGGGAGUCGUCUGAUACUGACGUGUGAGGGGGAUGGCCCUGUGUACUGGCACCCCAGACUAAAAAAACACAAACGUCACGUGUCUAAAGGCAGCGGGAAUGUCCGCACUUUAAAAGUGGACCACCUCACGGCAGAAUUUACAGGAACGUACACGUGUUCRUACACGGCUGAAUCCAAGGACAGUGAUCUGACCUCCUCGGUCCACGUGUAUGUGAAAGAUCCGCAACGUGUGUUCUGGACCAGCAGCACCUCCCUGCGAGUGGUGAGGAAGGAAGGUGAAGAGUACAUGCUGCCCUGCCUCUUGACGGACCCAUCAGCCACRGAGCUGGGCCUGCGCAUGGACAACGGUACGUCCGUCCCUCCGGGAAUGAACUUCACCGUGGACAGGCACAGAGGCAUUCUCAUCCACAGCCUCCACCCCAGCUUCAACGCUGACUACGUCUGCACAGCCAAGGUCAAUGGUGUAGAAAGGAUCUCUAAGGCCUUUUCUAUCAACAUCAUUCAGAAGCUCCGUUUACCUCCAUAUGUCUUCUUGGAGACAGAUGAGUAUGUCCGCAUCGUUGGGGAGGAACUUAAGAUUCGCUGUAAAACACACAAUCCCAACUUCAACUACAAUGUCACGUGGAAAUACGCCACCAAAUCGACACCAACAAUCGAGGAGAUGGUUCGCUCCAGCGGGGAGAAUCGUCUGGAUAUACAGAGCAUUCUGACCAUCGCUUCUGUGGACCUGGCAGACACAGGAAACAUCUCCUGCAUUGGUACCAAUGAAGCCGGGGUGAACAGUACGACGACGUACCUCCUGGUUGUGGACAAGCCUUACAUCAGGCUGUUGCCCCAGCUCUCACCGAAACUGGCGCGCCGAGGUCUCUCAAUUGAGGUGAAUGAGGGCCAAGAUCUGGAACUCAACGUGCUCAUCGAAGCCUACCCUCAAAUCACUGAACACAAAUGGCACACCCCGACAUCUCUCAGCACAUCCACUCAGGAGCCCAAGUUCUUCAAAUACAACAACAGAUACCACGCCAGUCUGCAGCUGAAGAGGAUGAACAGACAGGAGCAGGGCCAGUACACUUUCUAUGCCAGCAGUGCUUUGGCCAAUGCAUCCAUCACGUUUCAAGUCCAAAUGUAUCAGAGGCCUGUGGCUGUGGUGAGAUGGGAAAAUGUGACCACACUGACUUGCACCUCAUUUGGCUAUCCAGCUCCGAGAAUCAAAUGGUACCAGUGCCUCGGAAUACGACCAACGUGCGAUGAAAAUGAAAACGCCCCAGGGUUGCAGCUGGCGAUACCCCUCCAAGCUCCGACUGUGGAGGUCCAGAGGGAGGAGAAUGGCGCUGUGGAGGUGGAGAGCGUCCUGACCGUGGGCCUGUCCAACCAGAGGAUGACUGUGGAGUGUGUGGCUUUCAAUCUCGCUGGCAUCAGCAGAGACACUUUUGCCAUGGAGGUUUCUGACAAGCUCUUCACUACCGCCCUGAGUGGAGCUGCAGGGAUUCUGGCGAUCCUCCUGGUGCUGCUGGUUUUUCUGUUUUACAAAUACAAACAGAAACCCAGGUUUGAAAUACGUUGGAAGAUCAUUGAGGCCAGAGAUGGCAACAACUACACCUUCAUCGACCCCACUCAGCUACCGUACAACGAGAAGUGGGAGUUCCCCAGAGACAAACUCAAACUAGGAAAGAUCCUAGGCGCAGGUGCGUURGGAAAGGUUGUUGAAGCCACGGCUUACGGUUUGGGAAAAGAGGACAACGUGAUGCGUGUGGCUGUGAAGAUGCUAAAAGCCAGUGCCCAUACAGAUGAGAGGGAGGCUUUGAUGUCUGAGCUGAAGAUCCUGAGCCACCUUGGACACCACAAAAACAUUGUCAAUCUACUCGGAGCCUGCACUUACGGAGGACCCGUCCUUGUGAUCACUGAGUACUGCAGCUUUGGCGACCUCCUGAACUUCCUUCGCCAGAAGGCAGAGACAUUCGUAGACUCUGUUAUGAAUAUUCCAGACAUUGAGGAGAACUCUAACAACUACAAGAACAUCUGCAUUCAGAAGCAGUUUAUCAGAAGUGAUAGUGGGAUCUCCAGCACAGCCUCCGGCAGUUACCUGGAGAUGAGACCCACUCAGCUACCGAACACAGAACCAGAGUCUGGUUGUGAGGAGACCGGUGACUGGCCACUGGAUAUGGACGACCUGCUGAGAUUCUCCCUUCAAGUAGCUCAGGGCCUUGACUUUUUGGCUGCCAAAAAUUGUAUUCACAGGGAUGUUGCAGCCAGAAAUGUCCUCCUUACCAGCCGUAGAGAAGCAAAGAUUUGUGACUUUGGCUUGGCGCGGGACAUCAUGAACGACUCCAACUAUGUUGUGAAGGGCAAUGCCCGUCUGCCGGUCAAAUGGAUGGCACCGGAGAGCAUCUUCGACUGCCUCUACACUGUCCAGAGCGAUGUUUGGUCCUAUGGCAUCCUCCUAUGGGAGAUUUUCUCUUUAGGCCAAAGUCCGUACCCGAGCAUGGCUGUGGACUCUAGGUUCUACAAGAUGGUAAAACGUGGCUACCAGAUGUCCCAACCCGAUUUUGCUCCACCUGAAAUAUACACCAUCAUGAAGAUGUGCUGGAAUCUGGAGCCAACAAAGCGCCCAACAUUUAACAAAAUUAGCCAGAUGAUAGAACAACUCCUUGGGGACCAGCUUGUGCAGGAACAGGUAAUCUACCAGAAUAUGGAGCAGGAAGUCACAGAGGGUGGUGAGGAUGACAAGCCCAAGUGCCCCCAUGACCAGUCUUGUGACCACGAGGAAGAAGAGCAGCCUCUGAUGAAGAGCAACAACAACUACCAGUUCUGUUGAAAGCCCUGAGCGGAGACGUAUUAGCAAACCAAUCGGUCAUCGGUGAGCCACUGGGAACGUGAGAAACACUUGUGGCUGGAGCAGUUUGCAGAGCUGCAAGCUGCUGUUGCCCUCUCAGCUAUUUUUGCGCCUUCUUGCCCAGACAGACUAGCGACUGCAGCGAAGGCAUGUGACUGUGCAGACUGUGACUAGAAACUGCCACGUCUACUCCAGCUGUGGACACGAAAGGAGGAAAUAUGUUGUCACACCAUCAGCCAAAGCUUUAUCUAAUAAGUCCCUCUGGUGUGUGUUUCAUGACCUCUUUUCUGAUAAUGUUAUCUAAUGUACUUUAUGUUUAUUACAGCUAUUUUUAUCCAUAUUACUGCCUUCUAAGUAUUGAUUUUUUGUUGUGGAGGUUUAAGUCAGCAGGAUCCCCUUUUUCACAACUUUAUUAAAUGCACUGUUACCUAGAGGAAACAGCUCAAUAUGGUCUCAACCACUACUUGAUCCAUUACUUGUUCCACUUAAAUUAGCUUUUGUUCCUUAAAAGUGAGCAUCUGAAGAGUGAAUGUCUACAAACUCGUGAUUAAAACAUGCAAAUGAACUAAAAUGUUGGAAAAGAAUGGCCGUGUUGUUUUGCCCUUUUUUUGCGCUUCAGUCACGGCUGUAUGACUUGCAACACAUUUACUGUGAGCAUCUUUGGUCGGCAGCAUGUGAUUGUUCUGCUUCACUUUAAUUCAUUUACUGAUGUUCAACCCAGUUUAAGAGCAGGGAAAUCUGAGGAUCCAUCCUGGACCAGAUGUAYUGUUUCAUGUUUGACAAUGUGAAAAAUAUUUUUUUCUGUUUUCGGAGUCAUGUAGAGCUUUGUGAGUGCUGAACUGUGUGUAUGUAGCAAAAAGCCUUUCACUGCCAACUGUGUGAUGAUUUAAGAUGGACRUAUAAGCUAUGUGUGCGAUACAGUCACAAGUUAGAUGUCUCAUAGUGUACAUAUAAACACACACACACAUAUAUAUAUAUAUAUAUAUAU